AUGGCCCAACCCGCGACCCUCCCCGGCCCAUCCUCGCGCUCACGCUUCCCCAUCGCCCUCCCCACCGCGCUCGUCAACCCCUCGCGCCUGCGGUCGUACGUCUUCCGCCUCCCGCUCUUCACCCGCCUCACCGUCUGCAUCGUCGUCGGCCUCUACCUGCUCUCCCUGCAGUCCGCCUGGUCCGUCGUGGCAUGGGGCAGCCUCAAGCCGUCCGUCAUCGGCCUGUUCUCCGGCGGCAUGUACCGGCUGAACACGUAUGUCUUUGUGCAUGCGGGCUUCUGGCACAUGCUGCUGAACCUGCUGGCGCUGGUGCCGCUGUUUGAACGGUUCGAGAAGGAGCAUGGCACGUUGACGAGUGCGGCGCUGUGGUUGGGCCCGUUGGCUACGUUGCCUGGCGGGCUGUAUAUUUUGGUGGAGAGGGGUUUGUUGGGGUGGGAUGGGGAGGUCGUGGGUGCGAGCGUGUGGGUGUUCCUGCUGCUGGCCAGUGAGGGUGUUAGAAGUGCGAGGGGGAAUCCGUACCUAGAGAUUGCGGGUGCGAAAAUCCCGACGUGGUCAACGCCGUUGAUCCUGACGCUGGUGGUCAGCGUGUUGAUAAGUGGGACAAGCCUGCUGGGGCAUUUAUGUGGGUUGGCUGUUGGGUAUCUUUGGGGUCUGGGGUAUAUCAAGUUCCUGGCGCCGCCGGACAAGGCGAUACGGUGGAUUGAAGGCAAGCUGAAUCUACUGGGAAGGGUGCCGCAUUAUGUCUCUGUCGACCAAAAGACGUACGGCAGAUACGGUGUACUACCUACGAGUGCAAACGAGACGCCUCAUGCGAAUGCUAUUGGACUGGGAUGGGUGGGCACGAAUGGAGGACAGAGGUUAGGGGCUUCAUGA